AUGGAGCCGCGGCUGGUGGGGCCCGGGCCGUACCGCGCCACCCGCCUGUGGAACGAGAUAAUCGAGCUCUUCCGUGCUGGGAUGCCCUUACGGAAGCAUCGCUGUCGUUUCAAGAGCUACGAGCGAUGCUUCAAAGCCUCGGAAGCAGUGGAAUGUUUGCAUGAGCUGCUUGGCUCUAACCAAAAUUUUGGCCCAGAAGUGACUCGCGAUCAAACGGUUAAGCUGCUUAAAAAAUUCCUGAAAAAUCAUGUAAUCGAAGAUAUUAAAGGAAGAUGGGGCAAAGAGGACUUUGAAGACGAUGGCCGUUUAUAUAGAUUUCCUCCUUCCUCGCCACUGAAGUCAUACCCAAAGAAACCUUCAUGUGGAAAGGAAGUAAUUAAAUUUCCAGACUGGAAUGAACCAAGGGCUGGCCCUUCUCAAGAACCCAUCCCAGUGAAAUCCGUCGCAAUGAACUCUGAGAUGUGGUACAAGCGACACAGCAUAGCUAUCGGGGAAGUACCAGCAUGCAAACUUGUGUUCCGCAGAGAACUAACACAAACAAAUAUAGAAGAGAUAUGGAAAUCCAUGACUUUAUCACGAUUACAAAAGGUGUUGGGUUUGGAUUCUCUGGAUGAAGUGUUAGACACAAAACUUGUGAAUUCAAAACAUAUAGUUCAAAAUGUAUAUAAUGUCAAUAAGCAAGGCAUUGUCACUUUAGAGGACAAAUCAAAGGAACUACCUCAUUGGAUAUUAUCUGCAAUGAAAUGUCUAGUAAAUUGGCCCAGCUGUUCAGAUCUGAAGCAGCCUACGUACUCAGGCUUUGAAAGAGAUGUCUUCAAAACGAUAGUGGACUACUUUAGCCAGAUGAAAGAACCUCUUCUCACAUUUAAUUUUUUUGAUGUUUUUGUUAGUGUGUUAGGUCUGCUGCAAAAACCCAGCAAGGCUGUAGAAGCUCUUCAGAUAUCUUGCCUCCUACUGCCGCCAGAAAAUAGGAAAAGAUUACAGCUUUUGGUGAGAAUGAUGGCAAGAAUUAGUCUAAACCAGGAUUUGCCACGUCUUUCUGAAUCAGUGAGAACCAGAACUUUGAUGGUUCAGGCGUUUUCCCGUUGUAUUCUCUGCUCAAAGGAUGAAAUAGACUUGGAUGAACUUCUUGCUGCUAAACUAGUAUCUUUUCUCAUGGAUAAUUAUCAAGAGAUCUUAAGUGUUCCUUCUGCUUUAAAGUCUUCCAUAGAGGAUCAUGUUGUACAUCUCCAGAGAGUCCAAAUAAAAUAUGCUGGGGCUGAUAGUGAUGCAACACUUCCUCCUCCAUCAUUUUGUCACCAAAUCACUACAGGUGAAUUUGAAUACCAAAGGGCAACUGGCUCUCAAGAACCACUGGCAGCUUUGUUGGAAGAAAUUGUAAUGAAUAAAGAAAUAUCUGUGAAGGAUAAAAAGAAGAAGCUCAAGCAAUUUCAGAAAUCUUACCCUGAAGUGUACAGAGUACGAUUUCCUAGCCCUGAAACCGAAGCGAUGCUAUUUCCUGAAAAAACUAAACAGAAACCACCAAUACUGAUGUGGGCCUUAAAAAAGCCUUUUCAGCCGUUUCACAGAACCAGAAGCUUUCGGAUGUAA